AUGCUUUGGAAUAACUUGAUCCAGGGGAUGUUCUUCCUUUCUGUUACUGGACCUGGCAUUGGAGGGAAUUUCUUUUUGUUUGUGGAGCGUGUGUACAAGUUUGUCAUGGGUGUUGAGAAAAAACCCAUAGAUCUUAUUCUUAUCCACUUGGCUUUUACUAAUGAAAUGACGCUUUGUGCCAAAGGAAUCUCAGAUAUAAUAUCAGCUUUUCAUUUCAAUAACUUUCUAGGUAGUGCUGGUUGUAAAACUGUGCUUUAUCUGGGGAGGGUGGCACGUGGUCUUUCAAUCUGCACCACCUGUCUCCUCAGCGUGGUCCAGGCCAUCACCGUCAGUGCCAGGACCACCUCAUGGAGGAAGCUCAAACCACAGACUGCAUGGCAAGUUCUUCCCUAUCUCCUCCUCCUCUGGAUCUUUAAUUUCCUGAUAAGCUCUAACUUGCUCUAUUACAUCACAACAGUCAAUAGCACGAGCAAAUCUGAAAUUAGUCCCUAUGUUGGAUAUUGCUAUAUGCUACCAUCGAGGCAAAUAGUUAGGUGGUUUUUCGUUACUCUCAUGGCUCUGCGGGAUAUCAUCUUUCAGAGUCUCAUGGGCUGGAGCAGCGGAUACUUGGCUUUUCAUCUGUAUAAGCAUCACAAGUGUGUUCUCUACCUUCAGAGCUCCAGGUUUCAAAAAAAAUCCAGCCCAGAAAUCAGAGCUACUCAAAGUGUUCUCAUUCUCAUGAGCUGUUUCCUUUUCUUUUAUUGGACAGAUUUAAUUUUCUCCUUCUAUAUGGGUUCCUUCUUGAUAAGUGAUUACAUAAUAUUCAAUAUUGAAAUAUUUCUAGCUUCUGGUUAUGCUAGUUUUAGCCCCUUUGUGCUGAUCACCAGGAAUGGCCAUGUGGCUAACUACUGGCGCACUCACUGA